CUUCUACCACUUCCAACAGGUCAAGGAAUAGAACUCGCUAUAGGACCAAAGCCAUGAGCUCUGAGGUGGAUGAAAGCCUCUUUGGAGGCAUCAAGCCCCUGGCACAGGGCCCGAGCGACAGCCCCAUUGUGCUGCUUCGAGAUAAGAACACCAUUCAGAAAACUCUCACUGCCCUGGACUUGGACCACAAGCCCGAGACCAUCCAGCUCAUCACCCGGGACAUGGUCCGACAACUCAUUGUCCCCACAGAGGACCCCUCGGGGGAAUCCCUAAUCAUCAGCCCUGAGGAGUUUGAGCGAAUCAAAUGGGCAUCUCAUGUUCUGACCAGAGAAGAAAUCGAGGCCAGGGAGCAGGCCUUCAAGAAGGAGAAGGAAGCCAUCAUGGAUGCUGUGACGACACGCAAGAAGAUCAUGAAACAGAAGGAAAUGGUGUGGAGGAGCAACAAGAAGCUCAGUGACCUGGAGGAGGAGGCCAAAGAGCGGGCCCAGAACCUCCUGCAGAGAGCCAACAAGCUGCGGAUGGAGCAGGAGGAGGAGCUCAAGAACAUGAGCAAGAUCAUCCUCAAUGCCAAAUGCCACGCUAUCCGGGAUGCCCAGAUCCUGGAGAAGCGGCAGAUCCAAAAAGAAUUGGAUACAGAGGAGAAGCGGUUGGAUCAGAUGAUGGAAGUGGAGCGGCAGAAAUCCAUUCAAAGGCAGGAGGAACAAGACAGGAAGAGGAGGGAGGAAAGGAUACGAGGAAGACGGCACAUUGUGGAACAGAUGGAAAAGAACCGGGAGGAGCGAUCUCUGCUUGCUGAGCAGCGGGAGCAGGAGAAGGAACAGAUGCUGGAGUACAUGCAACAGCUCCAAGAGGAGGACCUGAGGGACAUGGAACGGAGGCAUCUGCAAAAACUGAAGAUGCAAGCCGAGAUUAAGCGCAUCAAUGACGAAAACCAGAAGCAGAAAGCAGAGAUACUGGCUCAAGAGAAGCUGGCAGACCAGAUGGUGAUGGAAUUCACCAAGAAGAAGAUGGCUCGAGAAGCAGAGUUUGAGGCUGAGCAGGAGAGAAUCCGGAGAGAGAAAGAGAAGGAGAUCGCACGUCUGAGGGCUAUGCAGGAGAAGGCCCAGGAUUACCAGGCAGAACAGGAUGCCUUGCGGGCCAAGCGCAACCAGGAGGUGGCAGACAGAGAGUGGCGCAGAAAGGAAAAGGAAAAUGCAAAGAAGAAGAUGGAAACAGAGGCCAAGCUGCGGAAAAGUCGUCUGGAACAGGUGGCUUUCAAGGAGCACACUCUGGCCGUUCAGGUGCAACGGGACCGCGAUGAAUUCGAGAGGAUUCUUCGGGCUCAGAGAGAGCAGAUUGAGAAGGAGAGGCUGGAGGAGGAGAAAAAGGCCACAGGGCGCUUACAGCAUGCCAACGAGCUCCGGCGCCAGGUGCGUGAAAACCAGCAGAAGCAGGUGCAGAACCGGAUCGCCACCUUCGAGGAGGGUCGGCGCCUCAAAGAGGAGGCCCAGAGAAGGCGUGAGCUCAUUGAUGACGUCAAGAAGAAAAAGCUGGAAGAACUGAGAGCCACUGGCCUUCCUGAGAAGUACUGUGUUGAAGCUGAGCGAAAAGCUAACAUCCUGCCAACCACCUCUGUGAACUGAGGGGGAGCAUCUGUGGUCCUCAGAUGCCUUCGAAGGACAGAUCCUGCCCAGUCUCUGGGUGACCAUAAUUGCUGCUAAUCUAGAUAUUUCAUAAUUACAGAUUAAAUCAAUUCA